GGAAGGAUUUGGUGAGGAUGCGGAAACUGAGGUUCCAAGUCGUUGCAUGUACCGGUGAAGACCCCGCGGGUCCAGCCGCACUUCUGAACGAGCAUGACAGCACAGGGACAGGGUACAUGACACCAAGGAACUGCGAGUACCCGCAAGAACUGGUGCUGGAGCUGGAAGGGGCAUGUCGGCUGACGCAGAUCCAAGUGUUGUCCCACCAAAGCCACAUUGCGACCAAGGUCGAACUGUACUUGUCCUUGGACAAUGCCACAUACAACCGUCUCGGGUUCUUGAGCUUGAAGUCGAACAAGGAGAGUCAAUACACUGCGCGCGAACUCAAGACCGUCCAUAUCAACUCGACUGCACGAUUUGUCAAGUUCAAGCUGCAUCAAUGCUAUAUCAACGACAAGAAUGUGUACAGUCAAGUGGGUAUCGUUGCCAUCAACCUCAACGGCGAGGUCGAAGAAGAGACUGGUCCAUCAUCGAGCACCGACGAAAUGGAGCUCGGAGCGUCGACGCCUAGUAAACCGAUGCGUGCGUCAGCUAGCAUCACACCUACAAAGGCGUCGUUGUUGCCGCUCAAGCCGCCUUCCCCCGCUGCCGACGACACGGCAGACCUUCGAUUUGACGCGAAAACCGCGGCGAAAAUCCGCGAAAUUCACGUGGCCAAGGAAAAAGCAGUCGCCAUGGAGGACUACGACCAGGCGAAACGAUUGAAAGUGUUGGAACAGCAACUGAUGAACAUUGGGUUGCAACUGGCCCGACUGGAAGGAGCCAAGCGAGAGGCAGUCGCCAACGAAGACUACGACGCUGCGAAACGCAUCAAGGACGAGAUCAUGGAGCUGGAGGCGUCCAUCGGCAUGUCCACGACGCCGCCGACAGGGCGAUCUGAAAGCUAUGGAAAUGACGGUGGAUUUCCUGCCAACAAUCGAAGCAGCAGCCACCCGCCGCCACCUCAAAUGACAACCUCGACGUACAAUUCGACUCCGCCGCCUGCGAUUCCGUCCGUAUCCAAGCAACGCACGCAGCAACCCGCCGAGCAACUCCAACAAUCGUAUGAGGACGAAACUGAACGACCGUUGGCAGCAGCGUCCAGACCCCCGCCGCCGCUCAAACAGCAGCCGCGAAGUAGCGCCGCCUUCUCCCCCCCCCCCGACGACGACCUGAACGACGCGCCUCUUCGAACCAAACCCAAAGCCCCCGUAGAAAACGCUGCCACUAGCGGCGGCGGCGGCAACCCGCACUUCCAAGGGCUGCCAGACUGCGCCGACCUGGCCGACCCCGAAGCCUUGCCGGACUCGUUGCUCACCGAAAGCGCCGAGAUGGUGUCUUUGAUUGGCGAGUACUUGACCACGUGUUUCUACAGCAACGUGUGGAACCACCGCGACGCUGCGAUCCGAAAAGUGGCGCUGGACCUGACUGAUCCCGCGUUCACCGACCCCCACGACCCCCUCGUCGUGCUCUCGGUGGCGUCCACGAUGGUUCAGAGCGGCGUGAGCGACCGCAUCGCGCAAGUGGCGUUGUCGGCGGUGGCGCUUUGCCACGGCAUGCUACAGUUUGCAGAAACCCAUGCGACGUUGGACCGAGACGCUGUCGUCCAAGUGUUGAACAAUCCGCUGAUCCAACUCGUCAACAAGCUGGGCGAGUCGCUCGUGAAAAUCCGAGAUGAAGUUACGUCGGUGUUGCUCCAGUUGGCUGGGUCUGACUUGGUGGGAGCCCCAGUCGUCGCGUCGCAUGUGUUUCGACGGGCGUCCAAGAAGGCGCUACCCCUCAAGUCACUCCAAGGACGGUUGGGCGUUGUAAAAGCCUUGCUGACGCAGUUCGGGCUCGGUCCCGAUUUUACGCUCGAGACCGUGAUGGGGUUUCUCGAAGAAAACGCGGCGUUUGCCCAUCAAAGCAAAGACAUUCGCGACUUGGCCAAAGCCAUUUCAGUGUCCAUGUAUCAAAUUGUGGGUCCCGAGAUCGAUCCGUUUUUGAAAACAUUGCGGCCCAAACAACUGGAAGAGUACCAAGCGGCGUUUGAAACCCCCGAGGUGAAGCCUCCGUCCGUCAAAAAGGACAAAAAAACCAACCCACCCCCCCGACAACAACCGCGCCAUGUCCACCAGCAUGCCAAUGACGACUCGGACGACUCGGACGCGUCCGUGGCCGAGUUUACGUGUCCAUUCUGCGACCGCCAAGAUGACACGUUCGACAGCGACCGGCUGGACCAGCACUUCUGGGCGGAAUGCCCCAUGCUCACGCAGUGCCAAAUGUGCAGCCAAGUGAUUGAAAUCAGUACCCUCAACGAACAUUUACUCGUCGAGUGUGAGCAAAAGCACAACCACAAGGAAUGCCGUCGGUGUGGCGAAGCGAUCACGGCGAAAUUUUACGACAAACACACUAAUAUGAACGACUGCGACCCCAUGCCCUCCCCGGCCCAAGGCAACCGAUGCCCGCUAUGCCAUGACGACAUUGGACCGCGCAAACGAGGAUGGAAAGCGCACUUGUUGUCGAAUAAAUGUCCAAGCAACCCGCGCAACAACUUAUAACGCGAGUAGGAGCAACAUAUAAAAUCCAAGCCACGUUCGUAUGCAAGUUGCUAUGUAUUUGCGUCAUCCUUCUGUUCAUGAC